AUGCCUACACUGGCACCGCCAGUGGCUUCUGAGCAACUAAACUUCGACGCUUAUGGGCUGAGGUAUGGCGCAGUAGAUGGCAUACCGGAUUCCUCAUCACUCCCACUAUCACCAUCGAUAUGCAGUGGAGCUAUACCACCCGAGUUCCGUGCAGCCAGUCCCUUUGACUCAGAUGCGCCAGAAUGCCCCGAAACACUCUCCGCUGUGACAGUAAGCUCGGGCACUGGGUUCGCCGCUGGAGGCACAGGUGAUUGCGAAGCAGCCUCGGGCACUGGACUCGUCGCUGGAGGCACGAGUGACUUCGAACCAGGGAAAGCUGUGACAGCAGCCUCGGGCACUGGGUUCGUUGCUGGAGGCACAGGUGAUUGCGAACUAGGGAAAGGUGAAGGCGUUCGAGAUGCUGGAGGCACAGGUGGUUGCGAACGAGGCAAAGGUGAAGGCAUUCGGGACGCUGGUGGAGCAGGUGAAGGCGAACGGGUCAAAGGUGAAGGCGUUCGAGGGACGGGUGGGCGUGAACGAGGUAAAGGUGAUGGUGUUCGAGGCACAGGUGAGCGCGCACGAGGCAUUGGCGAAGGCGCUCGAAGCACAGGUGAAUCUACAGGGGGCCCAGGUGAGAGCGAAUGA